ACAUGGCCUUCAAGGUGAGAGGGGACAUGAACAAGCUCCUCCCGGUCAUCUCCUUCCUCGGCGCGGCGUUGGCGGGGGCAUUCGUCUUUCUCGGCGCAACUUUGGAUGUGAACUGGCGGCUCUCCGAGCUGGCCUCGUGGGGCAAUGGUGCUCAACCGGCGGCCAGAGACGAGGUGAAACCGUUUGCAGAGCUGACUCAGGUGCUGAAGAACGCAUCAAUGGAGGACAAGACGGUCAUAGUGACGUCCAUCAACCGGGCGUACGCCGCGCCGGGCUCCCUCCUGGACCUCUUCCUCGAGAGCUUCCGGCUCGGCGAGGGCACGGCGCGGCUGCUGGACCACGUCCUCAUCGUGGCCGUCGACCCCGCCGCGCUCGAGACGUGCCGGUCGGUGCACCGCCACUGCUACCUACUCCGGCCUGACGGCCCCGGCGACUACAGCGCCGAGAAGUUCUUCAUGACCAAGGACUACCUCGACAUGAUGUGGGCCAGGAACCGGUUCCAGCAGACCAUACUCGAGCUCGGCUUCAACUUCCUCUUCACGGACAUUGACAUCAUGUGGUUCCGGAACCCGAUGCGGCACAUCGCGAUCACGUCGGACAUCGCCAUCGCCAGCGACUACUUCAACGGCGACCAGGACAGCCUGCGCAACCACCCUAACGGCGGCUUCCUGUACGUCAGAUCCAUGAACCGGACGGUGGAGUUCUACCGGCGAUGGCGGAUGGCGCGCGACCGGUUCCCACCGGGGAGCAACGAGCAGCACAUCCUGGGGCGCGUGCAGGGUGCGCUGAGCCGGCGGCUCGGCGUGCGGAUGCAGUUCCUCGACACGGCGCACUGCGGCGGCUUCUGCCAGCUGAGCGGCGAUCUGCGCAUGGUGUCCACGAUGCACGCCAACUGCUGCACCGGCCUCGCCAACAAGGUGCACGACCUCAGGAACGUGCUGCAGGACUGGCGGAACUUCACGGCGGCGCCGCGAGAGGUCAGGCGCCGGGGAGGGUUCCGGUGGACGAAGCCCGGCAAAUGCAUCCACUGA